UUUUUUCAUCUUCUUCUGGGUGGCGGACCUCUCCACCGGUGGCGUUGUCUUUAUGGUUUCAAUCUGAUAAGAGUUACCAGAAUAAAAGUGAAAACUCUCUUUCAUUAGGAUGAGAGUUUCAUUGGGAUAAGAGUGAAGAUCCCAAUGGCCUCGAACGCUAACAAAAAGUAGAGCGAGGAUACAUGGGCAGGAGCACUGCCGAAAAAGUAUAAGUUUCUAGACCAUGAAAGUGCAGGGCGUACUUGGUUAAAGGUUUUCAAUUGACAAACUCAAAUUACAUCAUAGCUAGGCGGGACGAUGUUCCUUUUGCGACACCUGCGUUUACUAUGCGCCGGAUGAAUGACUAAGAGCGAAGUCUCAGUUUUGUUUAUCUCAUCUGCCUGCAGCUGCACUCUGUGGAUAACGAUUUUUGCCUGAUGACAUGAUAUAGCUGUUGCUUGAGCUUAGCGAGCUCUUAUAUUUCUUUGCUCUUAUUUUUGACUAGUUUGUGUGUGACUUGCAAUUUGUAGUUUUUCUGUUACAAUAAAUACCUACAUCAUAGAAGAUGUUCGUGUUGUAUGUUCUUUCUCGAGUCGCUGCGUGUGCGUCUGUGUCUGUGUGUUCUGCGUCUGUGCGUUCUGUGUCUCUGCGUUGGUUCUGUGUCUCUGCGUUGGUUCUGUGUCUCUGCGUUGGUUCUGUGUCUGUGCGUUCUGUGUCUGUGUGUGUGUCUGUGUGUUGUGGGCCGCUGCGCUUUUGCGUGCUACUUAAUAUAAGGGCAUGGGCCUGCGUCUUGUUUUUGAAACGGGGAUCGCUGCUCUUGCUGUGAGGCUGUAGUAGGGCUCUCUUAGGGUUGUUCGAGUGCUGUGAAGGCAUGGCCCUGCCCUCUACUAGGUGCUGGCAGUCUGUCAUUAGUGGGCUGCCAGCAGCGUGGCUGCGGUCAGGAAUGCACGGUCUUGCCCUUUUGUGGUUUAUAGCAUUCGGCCUCGUCUGGUUUAUAGUGUUUUUGUUUCAGCGAAGAACAACAUAAGCAACAACAACCAGGAGCAGAUCUUCGCUGCUGUUUACAAGUAUUUUUCUUAGUCUGACUUGUCUCAGGCGGUACGCGUGGGGAGGAUCUUCUGAAUUUUACUAGUUCUUAAACUCAGACUUUUUCCAUUUCAUCCUGGUCCGCGGCUGUCUGAUUUACUGGCUGAUUGUUUUUCCUUCCGGACUUACUGGCCGGUCGGGUCACUGCCAUGAAGAGUAGUCACCAUACUUACAACUUAUCUGAGGACGGAAAAAAGUUAUAGGAAAAGGGAUCCUUUACCUUUUUAGUAUAAUUUUAUCGCCUUUGCGUCUCCGACGUUCUCUUCCUUCUUUUCAGAUUUUUUUUCUUAGUGAGGCCUCUGCCGUGACAACUUCCUCACUUUUCUAGUACGCACAACACGAUGUAGCUUGCUCUGCUUGAGUCUGAUUUUUCUCAGGUUUCUUGGUUGCUUUCUUAGUGGCUCUACAGCAGUUUACUUUUUCUGCGUGAUAGGAUACAAUAGGGCCGUAAGGGGCCUGGGACACUCUGGAUUCAGCUUUUGGCGCCCUGCGGCUAGCUGAAGGACACGGGUCUCUCGUUAGGUUUGGCCAUCUUAGCGUGAAGGCUGCAGCGUUUAAAUUUUAUACCUUUCAAGUUUGUUUGUUUUCUUUAAAUAAUAUUGAAGACGUGGUCUCCUAGUUUUUUUUAAGUUUAUAUGUCUUCGGCGUUUCGGAGUACUGAUCUGGGCAGCAUUCCAUUCCACUAGAAACCAAAAAUUUUGGGUGCCAUGCUUUUGGGCUGACGGGCUGACUGGUUGGGUUUGUGCGUUCGCUGCUCUUAGUUUGCUAGUAAGAAAACAGGGCGGGAAAACUUUCCACGGAGGUCGCGCGUUUUUGGUCCGAGUGCUUUGGGUUCGGGUGUGUGUGGUUGAGAGUUUGGAGGGGGCGUUAUUGUUUUUUCUUCUGCUCUUCUUACUUACCUGUUCGCCCAGCAUCAGUGCCCUGCCGCGUCCUCUGCUGGCUGGAAAUCUAGUAGGCCUCAGCCACCUGGCCUAGCUUUUAUUUGGUGCGUUUAUGUAUCCUCAUCUGCGGGCCUUGAGGAGUUCAGUUCUUUCUGUUUCUGCUUAGAGGGCCUGCUUUUCUUCUUUGUUCCUUCUGAGCAAAACAGGCAGAGCGCGGUGGAAGGAGUGGGCAUAGAGCUAUCCUCUGCUGUGGUGCUUAUGAUAUACUACCUUACUCUGAACAAAUGCUAGACUACAGCGCGGGACAGCCCUCCCACCACUAGAAUCUUCCACCCCCUUUCAGCAUUUCGUCCACCAAGACGCGCCCUGCUUCCGCUCCUUUCCCGCCAGGUCGCGGCGCUACUUUCAUGCUCGGAAAAAUCCAAUCUGUGGAGGGAAGGCGGGACAGAGGCGCCGCGGAAUUUGACAGGGGAGGCCGCUCCUCUGAGGUUUUUCAGACUUUUUCUGAAGCUUUGGCCCGAGAUCUGUCAGGGCGUUAAGGCUAACUGCGCGCAAGCGUUUUGGGGUGGGGGCUUCGCUCCUUGGGGUGAGUUUGAAGCGCUCAGCCUGCGGCUUGCACUGAAGCCCGUGCCUUUCAGUUUGAGCAACGCUUUGACCUUCAGCGAAGGCCUAGGCGCAAAGCCUCGGGCUUGGCGCUUGGGUUUUGGGGCUUUGGCUUUACAAGCUGAGGCACUUGGCUUAGAGCAUAGUUGGGUUUUGGGGGUGUUGUCUCAGGUUUUGGCCUGGAGGCUUUGGGCUUGAGGGCUUGGACGUCAAGUCUUGGGUGUUAUGCUUUGGGCCUGAAGCCUUCGGCCUGAAGGCUUGGGGCUGACGCCUUGGGCCUGCACUGUUGGACUAGGGUCUUUGGCCUUGGGCUCGAAGUGUAAGGCUUGAAUGCUUGCGCCUGGGGCCUUGGGUUUGUGGUUUUGGAGUCGGGUCCCCGCAUUUGAAAAGCUUGCGAAUUUUUUGGAUCAGUUUGGAGGGCUUUACACUUGGGCUUGGCUGAUAAAGUAGAAAAGUUUGCUACUGUGGCCCAAAUGAGUGAAGUUUUUAGCUAUAUCGCUUGGAGUUUAAGAAGCUAAAUCGCCUGCGGUCGUCUGUGAUUGGCUACGCGUAUGUAGGCUAGACUUCGUAAGCUCGUAAGCGCGAAGGCCUUGGCUUUUGCGGCAGUGGUGGCUUGGCUCGAUGUGCUGCUGCCUGUUUUAGGCAAGUUUGCCGAGGGUCUUCCUUAGGGCUAAGGCUAGCACAUUUGUGGCGGGGGUGACUUUCGCGGCCUAUUCAGAGGAGUAUAUCAGGCAUCUUCGGGGCCGUUUGUGGAGCUUUGAUUUUUUGCCGAUCUUACCAUAGUGUCUACUCCUGGCCCUUUCUCGACGGCCUCUGGGCCGCUCUGGCUGAGUGACUGAUCGCUUUUUUGUGGGAAAAUAAUAGUAUAUUCGUGCCUGGUAGAAGUAAGUGACUGAAGGGAGAUUUUCUUUUGUUUGAGUGGUCACGAAUAGGGAGCGCGAGUCUUCCUGCUUUAAAUUUCCCACCCCCCCGUCCCGGAUUUCCGCUUUGAGUUAUUUGGAUAUCGGCCCGGGGGCUUUAAUUUUGUGUAGAUCCUUUCACUUUUGGCCAUCUCUCGACGGCCUCGGGGUCGCUCCGGGUGAGUGGUCGCGUUUCUAUUACUACUAUCUGGUGCUGGUGGUGUGUUGGAUGGGUAGUCCUCAAUGAAGUCGCGUCCCUCUUGAAGGGGGAAGCAAGAAUCUCCAUUCUUCUGUGCAGUGCUUUUUUGAUUGUAGUAAGGCUGACAAGGUAGAUGAGAAUAUACUUGAUAGGUAGCCUUCGCUUUUUCUAUCUUUCUCUGGUCUUUAUUUUUUCUACUUAGGUCUACUCCACCACAGUCAUCCAGCAAUGCUGGCAAGGUUGAAUAAAGGGGAACCAAAUGAAGGGAAAGUUAGAAUUUAUCUCAUACUCACUUAACCACAGAUGCAUAUUGACUGACAGGCGCUAAUGAAACCGUGUUGGCCUCGAAGCCGAGGGAGCGUCGCCCUUCUUUGAGAGGUGCGGCGAACGUUUACUUGGCCCUGAACUAUACCACGCCUGGCCACCUGCUAAACGAAACAGCUAUUGGCGGCGACUCUCUCCAGCGCUCGCACGGUAUAAACCCGGUGGUUUCUAGUGGAGCCCUUGCGACGGCCGUGGGCGUGCAUGGGUUCAAACCGAAGGAGGGCGGCAGGCU